GUUGGCACACAUGCAAUACCCGAUAAUCAGUGCCAGCCAGCUGCUACUUUGACAAAAUAAUGUAGCUAGGUUAACGUUAGAUAGCCGCAUUCUUCAAUGCGGUCUUGCUACUUAGCUCGCUAUCUUAAUAGCUCAUUAACGUUAGCUGGCGAUCUGACAGCUUGCUCCGAUUGCCCUUAUCGGACUGUCCUGUUGUGGACAAAAUAGCUCGUAGCAUUAGUGAACUGUUUCAUUUAGCUGACCAGCUAUUAGCCGAACGUAUGAUCUGCAGGGCCAGUGAGAGGCUGUGGCGGCCCCCCCAGUAGCUGUCACCACGGCGGGGGACAUCAAGACCUCCGUCUGCAGGGUGGUCAUCUACCUUCAGAGGGACAUGUCCGGGGACAGCUGCCAGCUCCCCCUGCACCGGCUAUGCCUCCAGACCCAGGCCAUCGCUACUGGCUCCCAAGUCAUUAGACCUUCCCAUGAAGCCUCCCAGAUGGUGUGUCCCAAGUCCAUGACGUGCAGCUACAGAGCAGCGUUGGGCCUGGGUAACAAGUAUGUGCGUCUAAACGUAGGGGGGACCCUGUUCUACACCACGCUGCAGGUGCUCACUAGGCAGGACUCCAUGCUGAAGGCCAUGUUCAGUGGCAGGAAGGAGGUUUUCAUUGACCGAGAAGGCUGGAUCCUGAUAGAUCGUUGUGGGAAGCACUUUGCCUCCAUCCUGACGUACCUGCGGGAGGAAGUGGUCACCUUGCCCCCUGGCAGGCAGGGGGUUCUGGAGCUGCUGGCAGAGGCCAAGUAUUACCUGAUCCAGGGUCUGGUGGAGCUGUGCCAGGGAGGCCUGCAGGACCAGAAAGAGCAGUCUCUGUGUGUAAUCCCUGUGAUCACCUCUGCCAAGGAGGAGAUGAGACUGAUCCAGGCCUGCACCAAGCCUGUAGUGAAGCUGCUGUACAACCGAAGCAACAACAAGUACUCCUAUACAAGUAAUUCAGACGACAACCUGUUGAAGAACAUUGAGCUGUUUGACAAGCUGUCUCUGAGCUACAAUGGCCGUGUUCUCUUCAUCAAGGACGUGAUCGGCGACGAGAUCUGCUGCUGGUCGUUCUACGGACAGGGACGCAAACUGGCAGAGGUCUGCUGCACAUCCAUAGUCUACGCCACAGAGAAAAAACAGACCAAGGUAGAGUUCCCGGAGGCCAGGAUCUAUGAGGAGACCCUGAACGCUCUGCUCUACGAGACACUUCCUGUCCCUGACGACACCUUAUUGGAGGCCACACGCCGUCGCCACGCCCACAGCCACGCUCACUGUGGUUCCCACAGCGAGGAAGAGGAAGGCCCCGCCCACUCGGGGGUGGACCUUAGGGAGCGCGUGCGCCGCUCCCACGUCAAGAGGUACAGCACCUACGACGACCGGCCACUGGGACACUAAGGAUGCGUUUCAAAUGGUGCACUAUGAAGUGUACUACCAUUCGAGUCCGAUGAUUCGUCAACUUCUUAUCAGCACCACCAAUUGCUUCUACUGCAGUUUUUGGUGAGAGUGAGUGUUGGCUCCCAAAUGGUGCCCUGUUCCCCAUCCUAUGACCAUAUGGCACUGGCCAAAAGUAGUGCAUUAUGUAGGGAAAAGGGCGCAAGAGAGAGGAAACUGGCUCGCCGCUGGCUCUUCACUCAUUCACUACACCCACCGUUGAGGUACUGUUGUUGGUGGCCACAAAUAUGGCCUUGGGGCACAAAAUGGCUGCCAUGCUGCAUCACCCUGGUGCCUGACGGACUUUUUUUGUCGAUGGACAACGGAUGAUUUUUAAAACGUUGAGAUGCUUACGCUCUUUCUCCUUUAAAAAAAAAAAUGUAUAUAGAACUCUCUUCUUCACAACGCAAUCAAAUCUGUGUGUUCAAUCAAUCAAAAUGACGAUCUUCAUGUUAUACCUCGGGUCUAGAAUGGAACCGAUUAAGAUAUAUUUUCCCACAUGAGCUUUUAUUCUGAUAAUUUUAUUCGGCUAAUAUAGGCUGCAUUCUAUUUCCUGUAUUGUACACUGCUUUUGACCAGGGUCCAAAUGUAGUGCACUACAGAGUAUAGAAGUAUGGAUAAAUACAGGCGACAAUAUUGAUAAGUCACCUAGUCCGAGAGGGAGCGGUACAUCAUCAUAACGUCACGCCAGGGUAAGUCUACAUGAAACACAGACCUUUUUAUUUUUAAGUGUUUACAAAAAAAAAUCUAUGAGCAAAAAAUAAACGGUGGAAAUACAAUUGGAACCAUUUCCCUGUUUGACCGCUAGGUUUUAUGGGUAUUGUGGGGAUCUAUAUAGGGAAUAGGGUGCCAUUUUGAGACAGUCCUAUACCGUCAUUACUUCAGCAGCCAAUCACAUAUCAGAUAGGUCUCCAGAACACUACGCCGGUCGUCGUAGACACAGAUUCAUUUAUUAUACAGCUAUAGACUUUUUUUUUUUUUUUGGCGUUUUGUGACAAGUUAUAGAUUCAAAAUCAGCUAUCAUAGCCCUAUUGCCUUCUGUGAAUAGACAGGGAAGACGGUGAAUGUUUUUAUUUUUUAGAGAGUAUAUUUAUAGUUUUUUCAGAUUUUCUCAUAUCACAUUUUGACAUUAUAAUCAGGCCAAAGACUUUCAAUGAAAUUAACAUGAGGGACACGUUCAGCGACGUCUAUGAAUCGUUCCUCUCGUUCCCCAGAUACUUUGGCCCAAUGCUUUUGUGCAGUAUCCCCUGGGGACGAGGUUAAUGAAUGGCAGAUCGUGCUUAUUGACAAUUUCAAUCAAGUAUUCGCUCAAGACAUUUCCUCUUAACACUCUUAAGAGCCUCUUGUGUUUUUAAUGCAGUUGAAUCUUUAUUCCUUUUUAAUUUUUCACUUGGUUUUCGAAAAAUAAAAACGUUUCGAAUAAUAAUAAUACAACAAAUAGCGCCGUCUUUGUGUAACAGUGUUAGGCUCUUAAUUCUCAGAGUAAAUAAAACUCUACGACACUA